AUGGCAGUUGUCAAGACCUCGGAGAUGGACUACGCCAUCAAGCCUGAAGCGUCCGUUCCAUCCGUUGAUACUUCGGAUUGGCCGCUUCUGCUGAAGAACUAUGAGAAGCGUACGCUUUGCUCGUCCGUACCGGUCACUUCACCCCCAUCCCUGCUGGCUCUUCCCCCCCUGAGCCGUGACCUCAAGUCCUACAUCAGCUCCGGUGUGAUCAACCUUGACAAGCCCUCAAACCCAUCCAGUCACGAAGUCGUGGCUUGGAUGAAGCGUAUCCUCAGAUCUGAGAAGACCGGUCACAGUGGUACCCUUGAUCCCAAGGUCACCGGAUGUUUGAUCGUCUGCAUUGACCGUGCCACCCGUCUGGUUAAGUCCCAGCAGGGUGCCGGUAAGGAGUAUGUCUGUGUCAUUCGCCUUCACGACAAGAUCCCCGGUGGUGAGGCUCAGUUCGUCCGCGCUCUGGAGACCCUCACUGGUGCUCUCUUCCAGCGCCCCCCUCUGAUCUCCGCUGUCAAGCGUCAGCUCCGUAUCCGUACCAUCCACGAGAGCAAGAACUAUGAGUUCGACAACGAGCGCCACCUCGGUGUCUUCUGGGUCAGCUGUGAGGCUGGUACCUACAUCCGUACCCUCUGUGUCCACUUGGGUCUGCUCCUCGGUGUCGGCGCCCACAUGCAGGAACUUCGCCGUGUCCGCUCCGGUGCCAUGGAUGAGUCCAAGGGUAUGGUCACUCUUCACGACGUUAUGGACGCCCAGUGGGUCUACGAUAACAACCGUGACGAGUCCUACCUCCGCAAGGUCAUCAGCCCCCUGGAGUCCCUGCUCACCAGCUACAAGCGUAUUGUCGUUAAGGACAGCGCUGUCAACGCCGUCUGCUACGGUGCCAAGCUGAUGAUCCCCGGUCUUCUUCGCUACGAGGCCGGCAUUGAGUGCCACGAGGAGGUUGUCCUCAUGACCACCAAGGGUGAGGCCAUCGCCAUUGGUAUCGCUCAGAUGUCCACCGUUGAGCUCACCACCUGCGACCACGGUGUCGUUGCCAAGGUCAAGCGUUGCAUCAUGGAGCGUGACCUCUACCCUCGCCGCUGGGGACUCGGCCCCACUGCUCUUGAGAAGAAGAAGAUGAAGUCCGCCGGUACUCUUGACAAGUACGGCCGCGCCAACGAGUCUACUCCCGCUAAGUGGAAGAGCGAGUACACUGACUUCAACGCCCCUCUCGGCAGCGAGGACACAACUGUUGCCGCUCCCUCAGCCAAGGUUGAGGCCGAGGAGACCAAGGAGUCUUCCGCCGAGCCCGUGAAGGAGGACACCGACAGCAAGAAGCGCAAGCACGAUGGCGAGACUGCGGAGGAGAAGGCCGAGCGCAAGCAGAGGAAGAAGGAGAAGAAGGAGAAGAAGGAGCGCCGCAAGUCCAAGCAGGAGGAUAGCGACAGCGACUAA